AUGGCCGAUGCGGUGAAUGUAAAUGAUGACGAUGAAGCACGCCGAAAUGAAAUGAGAACAAUGAUUGUGGAAGAGGUAGAGAAAACGAUUGAAGCUAGUAUUUCCCGACUAGCUCAAGAGGUGGAAGGUCAAGUAUUGGGAGUAUUCGAUACUCUCGUAACGUCUAAAGUGGAAGAACUAAAGGAGAUGAUUAAUGAACUACAAACAAAGAAAAGUACUCGAAGGUGCACGUACAAGGAGUUCAUGGCAUGUAACCCCUUGCCGUAUAAAGGGGAAAUCAACCUGAUAGCUUGUCAAAGGUGGAUUUCAAGCAUUGAGGCGGUGUUUGUGAGAAGUAGAUGCGAAGUGGAAGACCAAGUAAUGGUUGCAACGGGUCUCCUACAACUCCAAGCAAAGGAUUUGUGGGACGCACAUUCGAAGGAAUUAGGGGAUGACAAAGUACAAACGUUAACAUGGCAAGAGUUCAAGGAGCCAUUUCUGAAAUAUCAUAGCCCACAAUCCGCAAUUGAUAAGAUUCAAGAAGACUUCUUACGUCUUCGACAAAAAGAUGAAACGAUUGAUGAAAUAACGAAUAAGUUCCUCGAGAAGGUGAAAUUUUGCGGGGAGAUAGCGGGGACUGAAAGGUUGAAAAUCAUACGUUAUCAUGCUAUGUUAAAGGCUGAAUAUCGGGAAUUCGUAAAUCCCUCCAAGUGUGCAAUACUGAAUGAAUUAAUCAACUGGGCAAGAGAUAGGGAGAUCGAGUUAAGAAGGCAGGUUGAACGGGGAGAGAAAAAGGUGGCAGAGAAGCCUACCAACACAAACCCAUCGAAAAAGGCAAAAUAUCAAGAUCAAAACAGGAAAGGGAAGACAAGUAGUGGGAUUCCGACUUGCAAGACGUGUGGGAAACACCACUCGGGUGAAUGUUUGCUUGGAAAGAAAGGGUGCUACAAGUGUGGGCAAGGGGGACAUCCGUACUACAGAUGA